GUAGUUGGAAGAUGGCGGAAAAUUUGAAAGAGUGUGCAGUAGCAUGUCUGGCUACUUUCAGUCAACUGGAAGUUGUUUGUCGAGAAGAAGGAGUCAAAUGCAGAGAACUGGGUGUGAACAAGAACAACCUCUGUGAAUAUGAAGUGGAAUACCUUUGCAGCUACCAAAGAAAAAUGUUCACUGAUGGGAAAACACAGGAGCUGUACUUGGUCAAAUGGAAGGGCUAUCCAGAGUCAAUGAACUCGUGGGAGCCACGGAAGAACCUAAAAUGCACUGAUCUACUUCACCAGUUUUGGGAAGAUUUGAUGCGCGAGAUGGUCCGGUUAAAAAAGCGCAACGUCCCCAAGAAACUGGAUGCUUCCAUUGUCUCAAAUCUUGUGCAGCGAGCAAAGCUGAGGCAGACCCUUAAACUCUGGCAGAAUCACCUGAACAGCCUGGGAUCAGACAAGGGUCGAAUCUUUGUGGAAAAUGUGGUGGACAUGGAGGGUCCUCCAAAGAACUUCACUUAUAUUAGUGAUUAUAAGGUGGGUGAUGGUAUCUCUCUUAACGAGGUGGCUGUUGGCUGUGAGUGUACAGACUGCCUAAACAGUCCUGUGGAGGGCUGCUGUGCCGGAGCCUCACAGCACAAGUUUGCCUACAACGACUCAGGACAAGUGCGCAUUCGGCCUGGACUACCCAUCUACGAAUGCAACAAGCGCUGUCGCUGCGGGCCCGAGUGCGCCAACAGAGUGGUACAGAGGGGCAUUCAGUAUUCACUGUGCAUCUUUAGGACAGACAACGGAAGGGGCUGGGGGGUACGGACCAUGGAGCGGAUCCGAAAGAACACCUUUGUCAUGGAGUACGUAGGAGAGAUCAUCACUACAGAAGAAGCUGAGAGACGAGGUCACGUCUAUGACAGAGAAGGAACCACCUACCUGUUUGACCUGGAUUAUGUGGAUGAUGAAUAUACGGUCGAUGCAGCUCAUUAUGGCAACAUUUCUCACUUCGUCAAUCACAGUUGUGACCCGAAUCUUCAGGUAUAUAACGUCUUUAUAGAAAACUUGGAUGAAAGACUGCCACGGAUAGCUUUCUUUGCCACUCGUGCCAUUAAACCAGGGGAGGAGCUCACCUUUGACUACAAAAUGCAGAUUGAUCCAGUAGAUGCAGAAAGCACAAAGAUGGACUCUAAUUUCAGUUUUACGGGACUCCCAGGUUCUCCUAAGAAACGCAUGCGUAUAGAGUGUAAAUGUGGUGUGCCAACAUGUCGAAAGUAUCUGUUUUAGAUAACCCAGGGACUGGAGGGGUGUGUCAUGCCAUGUUAUCACAAAAAAUAAUAGUGACUCUAAAGAAAAAUAUCAGAAUCUCAUUACAUUCCAACCAAAUUGUAAAAAUUAUUAUCCAUGAUUACACUCAAACUGUGUCCUGCUGUGUCAUAGCAGUAUUUUUAUUUUUUAAAUUUUAUAUGUAAAAGGUCAUGUUAGACCAGAGAAUGUUUGUUUUUGUGUUGUUGUUUUUUUUUUUUUUGUUUUUUUUUUAAGUCCUCUAAUUCUUCUUUUCAGCUAAUUCCCAGCACUUGCAUGGGCUUUAGCAGUAGAACUGGAGUGUGACACUCUUGAUUUUACUUUUAAUACUAUUUCAGAAUUCUGUUUCUCAGAAUAUUUUUUCUUCUUGUUUGUUUGUAUGUUUGUUUUUUAAUCACAUUUUAGCAUUGUCCCUGACAUUCGUCAUGGUUCCAAGAGGUCACAUUUUACUACAUACAUAUGUGAAAAUGUACAGUUCUUUGUAAAGGCUUUUUUUCCAUCAAUAGUCAAAGAUAUCCAUCGUUGUAAGGUUGGCAGGGGUUUUUUUUUAACUGAAAUUUUUUAUAGUUUAGUUAUUUUUAUGAGAAGGCAUUUUUAAAAAAGUAAAAAACAGUAAGGUUACAGGCAAGUGCAUUAGUAUUAUAAAUUACAGUAAAAAAGUACAGUUUUACAUGAUUGCUGGUUAAACCUAAUAAUGAUUAUAUACAAUCUAUUUUUGUUUGAUGCAUCUGAAAAACUACUUGUAGGCAGCUUUGAUUUCAUUAACCUGUCAACAGGGGGCAAAACUGUACUGCUAAUACCCAAGAUGAUGAAGAAAGACCUUUUGUGAAAAAAAAAAAUCACACCUGAGUUUUACAUUAUAAUCUUCACUUGAAUUUUGUAGCAGAGUGCAGGCAGUUGACUGCUUAUCGACAUUCUGACUGUACUGUUUAAAUGAACCUCUAUUUUCUAAAUAACUCAGUGUUAAUUAUUUCCUAUGUUGUAGCAAAAAACUUGUAAUAAUCUGUACAGACAAGUGACGUAUUAAAGAAAAAAACUUUUAAAGAUAGAAAGUUGUUAAGCCAUCAGGGGCUUUUUUAUUCUUCUUUUAACCAAAAAUAUCCCCUCCCUUGGUGUUUUGAUGUUGGUGCUGUCGAUCAUAUCAAAUGAGAUCUGGCAAGUGUGAAGGUCAGGGCAUGUGAUUGACAUAAUUUUUGAUACUCAUCAAACCCAGAACUUAAUGAUCUUUACAGCAUGAUAGCUACCGUUUUUCCCCCUCUUUGUCACUUGUCUGUGUCUGGCAGACUUUCCUCUCCUUGUACUGUUGUGACGAACAGUUGACAUUAGCUUUUGCACAUACUGUAUUUGUGUAAGAAAUGCUGAUCAAAUGAUCAUUUUACAAAUUUAUUAAAACUGUACUAUUUAUACCGAUUCUGGAUUAUGCUUUUAACCUUGGUUUUGGCAUGUAUUUCACAGACUGACUGUAAUCCUAACCAGAGGCCGAGUAUGUAUUCAAUAUCAAAUUAUUAUUUUUACAAUGAUCCCCCUAACCAUACAUUCAGUUCAAUUAAACUUUUUUUUU